AUGUCCAAUACAAAGAAUUUGGCUUUACUUUUUCAACGCCCUUUAGAACCCAUUUUCGGCGUAAAGAAUGAUAAAUCGGAAAACGUGAGAGUGGAAGUGCCUUCAAAUUUUUACACUGAUAAGUACAAAAAUGUUUCCACUGAGAUUCAAUCUCGUUUUGGAACGGAUAAUGUGAAAAUAAUUCCGGUCACAUUGGAAGAUUUGCCGAAUUUGGAUUUUGCCGCAGAUUUGCCACGAUAUUCUUCAAAGCCAUUCUGCCUCUUUUGCCGAAAGCACACCGAGAUUUCAGGUCGUCUGAUUGAGAUCUUUUUUAAUGCCAAAGAUGUGGACUCUCUCUUCUCUUGUGCUGCUUAUGCUCACGAUCGCGUGAACCCACAACUUUAUCAGUACGCCUUAUCUGUGGCUAUGCAACACCGCGCUGAUACCCAAAAUAUUCCAAUUCCUUCAGUGGCUGAGACCUUUCCCAAUCAGUUUCUUGAUCCAGCGAUUCUUCCUACAGCUCGCGAAGAGUGUUCCUUCGUUCCUGAUGGCGUGAGACGUCCCAUCGUCAUUCCGCCCAGUUACACAGCUUCUGAACGCGAGGAAGAACAGCGAUUGGCGUAUUUCCGUGAGGACAUUGGCGUGAAUCUUCAUCACUGGCAUUGGCAUCUUGUCUACCCAGCUAACGGGCCAGAAAGGAUCGUUCGCAAGGAUCGUCGAGGAGAGCUUUUCUAUUACAUGCACUCCCAGAUUAUCGCUCGUUACAAUAUUGAACGUCUUUGUAAUCGCAUGGGUCGUGUUCGUCAUCUCAGUAACCUCAGAGAAGCCAUUCCGGAAGGAUAUUUUCCUAAGCUUUCUCGUUCUUCCAAUAAUCAAACCUAUCCGCCAAGAUUCACAAAUGUUACUCUUAAAGACAUUGAUCGACCUGAUGACAAUACUCAGGUGCAAAUUUCUGAUCUGGAAGGAUGGCGCGAUAGAAUUUUACAGGCCAUUGAUCAAGGAUAUGUUGAAACAACAACAGGCCAGCGAAUUCCACUGGACGAAUCACGUGGCAUUGAUAUACUUGGAGAUAUGAUUGAAGCUUCAAUCCUUUCUCCGAAUCCUCGGUUGUACGGUGAUCUUCAUAAUAUGGGCCACAAUGUGAUUGCGUAUAAUCAUGAUCCCGAUAAUAAUUACCUUGAACAGUUUGGUGUUAUGGGAGACGUGACCACAGCCAUGAGGGAUCCAAUCUUCUACCGCUGGCAUUCGUAUUUGGAUCUAAUCUUCCGGAAGCAUAAGGACACUUUACCAUCUUACACUUCUAAUGAUUUAGAUUUUGUUGGAGUGACUGUUCAGUCAGUCGCUUGCCAAAUGACUCAGCAAAACACUCCAGCCAAUGUGAUUUUGACUUAUUGGCAACGAGGAGAGCUUAAUCUAGCCGCUGGUAUGGAUUUUGGACCUGAAGGAAACAUAUUUGCCCAAUUCACUCAUCUUCAGCACGCUCCGUUCUCCUGGAAAAUUGAAGUGAAUAACGAAUCGAACUCCAUUCGCACAGGGUAUUGUAGGAUUUUUAUGAGUCCAAGGAAUGACGAACGUGGAAUGCCUUUCACAUUCAGGGAUCAGCGAGUUCUCAUGAUAGAAAUGGAUCGCUUCACUGUGAAAUUGAAUCCUGGAGUGAACACCAUCAAUCGUCGAGAUGAACAUUCUGCCAUAACCAUUCCAUAUAACCGAACUUUUCGUAACAUUGGAGCUACUGCCCAAAGUGCCACAGACGAUAAUCAAUUCAACUUCUGUGGUUGUGGCUGGCCUAAUCAUCUUCUGGUGCCAAAAGGCUCUCCAGAAGGCUUCACCAUGGACACUUUCGUCAUGAUUUCCAACUUCAAUGACGACACAGUCAAUGAAAACAUCGAUGCAAGUGACCAGUGCAGCGAUUCUUACGCCUUCUGUGGCAUUCGCAACAAAUUGUACCCUGAUCGCCGGGCGAUGGGCUUCCCAUUCGACAGGAACAACCAAGCCAGAACUCUUCAGGAUUUUGCAAACCAGACUUCUAACAUGGGAGUUGGUGAAUGCAGUGUUCGUUUCACAAACACUUACGUUGCUCGCACUUAAAUGGAUUGGAUUAUGAUCAGAUAGAUUCAUGUGCAAUUAUUCUGUCUAUUCUAAUUGAAUUAAAAUUAAACAAAAAAUAUCACCCGCAUUCCGCAUUUCACACAAAAGCACAAGCUGAGUAUGUGCUUAUUCAUAUUAUUUAUGCAUGCCUUUAAAUUUAUUACCUCUGUUUUACACAGAUAUCUGAAUUUGUCUUGAUAAUAUGAUAAAAAGUAAGGAUCUGUAAUUGAAA